AUGUUCGUCCUCCAACGUAGCACCUGCUCAACGUUUCCUCAAUCGUCCGCUUUCCUCCCUCUUGACAUUCGACCUCAAGACUUCAGUGCCCGCCGUUGCCCAAGAUCGCGGGGAGAUCAGAGCUUGAAAAAGCAACCUACCCAUGCAUCCGCCUUUUCCGAGCCUGUCGCGAUGCCGAUAGCUUUGAAUGGAUCUUUUGCUAUACUAGCCUUUGAUCGGGGCACAGUAUCCGUGGGGAUGCCUUAUGCAGGUAUUGAAAGAAAAGAGAUGAGAAGAGUAAGCACCAAUAUCGGAGGAUUGAGAGCCAUGGCGAGGGCGCAUGAUGUUGAGAGACUACAUGCUUUAAAUACAUUCGAGGAGCGCUGCAAGGCCAACAGCUCCAGCUCCAGCUCCAGCUCCAGCUCCAGCUCCAUCCCGCACUUGGGUGGACAACUGAUAACCUGGUGUCUGCGGAGAAUGUGCAUAUUUCCUAUUGGGGACUGCCGUCGAUUUUCGGGCUCAAAAAGGCUAGGGAUCCAAGAAGUCGGCGACAUUGCCCAAGGACAGGACCCGAGUUCGACCAGGUCGAUGGGGCUGUCAUGGCGCGUAGAACCCUUUUUUGUGCUCGCGAGUGAGGUUCUCAGUCUCGGCUCUCCUGUUGCUACGGAUCUGCCAGCCGGGCUGCGAUUUGGUGAUAUCACGAAGUCCCCGGUGCUCGCAAUUUUGUUGUCCAAACACACCCUUCCGCCAAGCGGUACUGUUCCGUAA